GUGGUGGAAAGAGCUCGGAUUGGCUAAGGAAUUGAAGUUUGCCAGAGACCAACCAGUUAAAUGGUACAUAUGGUCCAUGGCAUGCCUAACAGAUCCAAAGUUAUCAGAGGAGAGGGUUGAGCUCACAAAACCCAUCUCAUUCAUCUAUUUGAUUGAUGACAUUUUUGAUGUUUACGGGACGCUUGAUGAGCUCAUUCUCUUCACAGAGGCUGUCAAUAGAUGGGAAAUUGGUGAUAUAGAUCACCUACCAGACUACAUGAAAAUAUGCUUCAAGGCUCUUCACGAUAUGACGAAUGAAAUCAGCAGCAAGGUCUAUCAGAAGCACGGCUGGAACCCGUUACACUCUCUUAGGAAAACGUGGGGGAGUCUGUGCAAUGCAUUUUUAGUAGAAGCAAAAUGGUUUAAGUCUGGGCACUUGCCCAAAGCAGAAGACUACUUAAAGAAUGGGAUUGUUUCUUCUGGGGUGAAUGUGGUGAUGGUCCACAUUUUCUUUCUCUUGGGUCAAGGCAUAACCAAACAAAGCGUGGAGCUGUUGAAUGAAACUCCAGCUAUCAUAUCUUCUGCAGCAGCAAUUCUGCGGCUCUGGGACGACUUGGGAAGUGCAGAGGAUGAGAAUCAAGAUGGGCACGACGGCUCAUACAUACGGUGCUACUUAAACGAACACCAAGGCUGUUCGAUUGAGGACGCACAAGAAAUUACUAUUACUUUGAUUUCAGAAGAAUGGAAGCGCCUGAACAAAGAAUUGGUGUCUCCUAAUCUGUUUCCAGCCGCAUUCACCAACGCUUCCCUUAAUCUUGCAAGAAUG